AUGGCUCCCCCACUUGAGCUUGCGGCAGCGAAUGAGCAGGAAAACACAAGCGAGUCGGGAGGGAAUAUAUUAGAUUUAGUCCAGCUAAGUGAAUUAUUGCUUUUUAAUAAUCGAGAAAUGAAGCAAAGGCUAAAACUCAACGAUCCAGCACGCCGGUUGAUUCAUCAAGGUACCCUCAGGCACAAAUCAAAGAAAAAAGAGUACAAACUCUUCUUAUUCGACCAUGCUUUGAUCAUUACCAAGCCCAAGGUCAUUGAUGGACGAGAGCGGUUGCAUCUGGUCGACCACCCAACCCCAAUCCAACUCCUUCAAGUAUCUUCGGAGCAAACUCGACCGAACAUACUUGGGUUCAUACCAUUACCCCGAAACAAAGUCCGUCAUCAACUACGCUUUUUGUCUCAUGGGAAGCGAUUUAACAGAGAAAAACCUUUGAUAUUAUUGUCUCCUACUGCUGAUGUGGCCCAGGCUUGGGUAGAGAACGUUGACGCACAGAGAGACACUAAUCGGCGGAGUACAGAGUCCAAUGCGCUUUCACUUGGUCAAGACAUGCUUGUCAGACAGGAACAUCUCAGAGUCAACUGCGCAGCCCUGUAUGAUAAUAAUCAAAUUAUCGUUUAUGGAACAGAUGAUGGGGUGUAUUUUCAAGCGCAGAAUGCCCAAUCUCGAAAGUUGAUCGAUUUGACCAACGUACAACAGAUCGAUGUCUUAGAAGAUCUUUUAUUGUUAGUCGUAUUGGCCGCUAUCUUAGAGCGAUCGGUUUUCACAUUUCCGCUUGACGCUCUUGACUUAUUCGACCGUAUGAAUCGAGCGGUUCGCCUUUCUCGCGCGCAAGUAUCGUUCUUCAAGGUUGGAUUGUGUAUGGACCGUACGGUGGUAUGCAUGGUCAAGACGGCUUCACUUUCAAGCACCGUCAAGAUUCUAGAGUCAGUUGGUUUUCCAGCGGGGUCCAAUUUGAAUCGGAAUGUCGAGACUUCGUUCAAGGACACAUCGAAUAGACUGAAGAUAUGGAAGGAUUUUUACCUACCUGCAGAAUUGUACUCUGUACAAUUCCUGAAGACUAAGCUCUGCGUAGCUGGAAGUGCUGGAUUCGAGGUCGUUGACCUGGAAACCUUGGACACUCAAGUUUUAUUGGAUCCAGCGGACAACGCAUUGAACUUUGUGGGACAGUACAAAAAUCCCCGCCCGCUAGAUGUGUAUCGCGUCGGGGAUGAAUUUUUGGUAUGCUAUAGAGAAUUCGCGUUCUAUGUCAACAAGACUGGAUGGAAAUCUGACAAGAAUGUGAUUAUCUACUGGGAAGGAACUCCGAUCGCUUGUGGCGAGUACUCUCCAAUCACACAGCAAAGCAUUGAAUGGCUUAACGCUUUUUCAUAUACAGCUCUUCAUUACCCAUAUAUCAUUGCGUUUUCACAGGAUUUUGUAGAGAUUCGACAUGUGGAUGAUGGCUCUCUCGUUCAAGUCAUGCACAAAGCUGGCGUUCGAUGCCUUUAUACUAAACACUCGCCAUCACAGACGAAUAUUGGGCAUCAUAGGCUUGAAACCUCGCCCAGCACUCUCGUUUCUAUUGAAGACAGAGUUAUGUUUUUGACAUUGGCUUCGGACUGA